AUGUCCGGCACAAGGAGCCUCCCACUACCAAAAGAGUGGACUGAUCCAGAUGCUUAUGUUGAAGCCUUGCUGUCUUUUGCAACAUCAUCUGACCUCUUCAGGCACCUCUGCGGAGGUAUACACAUGCUGGAUUUCCUGACACGUGAGCCCGACCUGUAUACCACGCUUCUGCCUGAAGACUGGAGAGCCUUCUUCGAACAGCAUGAGAUCGGGGAUAUCAUAGACCUGAUGCUGCGGGAGGAUAUCGAACCAUUUUUCGCUGCACACAAGCAAGGAAAUGCUGCAGCGCACGAGUGGAAAGGAGUAGCCGCUCUUCCUCCACUCUCUCUGCUAGACUACAUCUACAAUGUCCGGCGACUUACCUUGCGUAGGGACUUUACGCCCGAGUCAGGAGAAGCCACUAUACCUAGGCGCAUUGCUGUUGGUAUGAAGGUCAAGAAGCACCAUGAAGUCGCGCACUUUUCCAAAUAUGUCAACUCGCUGUGUAACACCGUUCAAAAAGAACGGGGGCAGGAUAUAACACAUAUUGUGGAUUUUGGGUCUGGUCAGAGCUACCUUGGGCGUACACUGGCCAGUCCUCCAUACAACAAGCAUAUUGUUGCUAUAGAGCGCAAACACCAGUUCAUAAACGGGGCUAACCGCAUGGAUGUCUAUGCACAGCUGGCGGAGAAGAAAAAGGUACGGAUGUACAACAAGAAGGAAGAGAAAUGCAAGACGUGUGAAGACACGGAAUCGCCUGCGGCAGUGGUAUCGGGUUCCCUUUCCCAGGUCGCGCCAGAGACAGGCGGACCCAAUUCCGAGGGAACGCAAAGGACAGACGAAGAUGAAGAAGAGGGCGUUGCUGAGAUUAGUAUAUUCCGCGAUAUUAGCGUGACGUCUGAUGAACUCGGGUCUUUUCCACAACAGCAUAAGGAAACUCAAAAACGUGUCACAAGUGCGGGCACGUUGAACACCUCCCGAGGAGCCAUGGACUACAUUGAACACGAAAUCAAGGAUGGCUAUUUGGAGCCGAUCAUCAAGAAUGUUGUCGCCGCGCCCACUAGCACAAAUACGGCCGACACAACAGACUCCAUCGAAGAAAACCAAGGUCCCAAUGUCAUGGUUGUUUCAUUGCAUUCUUGCGGCAAUCUUUUGCACCAUGGAGUUCGAGCUUUGGUACUUAACCCUUCAGUCAAGGCUAUUGCCAUGAUCGGGUGCUGUUACAACCUGAUGACUGAGCGUCUGGGACCUGCUACAUACAAGAUGCCCAUCCUACGGACUAUGCACCCACGAUUGUCCCGAGAUGCCGCCGCGUAUGAUUCGCAUGGAUUUCCAAUGUCGAAGCGCUUGGAAGAGUAUGAGCACAGCAGCGGGACUGGUGUCAAGAUGAACAUCACCGCCAGAUCAAUGGCCGUCCAAGCUCCAUACAACUGGGACCGAGAAGGCGCAGAAGACUUCUUCACCCGUCACUAUUACCGCACUCUUCUUCAGCGCGUACUGGUUGACCGUGGUGUCAUACCGAAGCCCAACAUUCCCGAAGAACUCUAUAGUGACGACCCCAAUCAAAUGGAGGUUGCAGGAAAUCCUCUCAUUGUCGGGUCCCUGCGCAAGGCGGCCUUUACUUCUUUCCAGGCAUACAUCCGCGCUGCGAUUGUCAAACUGAGCCGGGAUCCGGUUUAUGGCCAGAAAGUGCAGGACGGAAUGGCUGAAAUUACUGACGAAGAGCUCGACCGUUACGCUCAUGACUAUUGGCCGUCGAAGAAGAGACUCAGCGUGACCUGGACCCUGAUGGCUUUCAGCGCUGCAGUGGCCGAAGCCAUCAUUGUCGUUGAUCGAUGGCAAUAUCUGCGUGAACAAGACUGCGUCAAGGAGUGUUGGGUGGAACCGGUGUUCGACUAUGGCCUAAGUCCCCGGAACUUGGCUGUCAUUGGGAUCAAAAAAUGA